CAGGCCGUGGGUGGGUUCCCAAGGCCAAGGCCUUUGGUGAAACCCUCCACCUCUGCCUCUCCUUCUGCUGAGGCCUGGACACGGAGUAGGACGGAUGGGGCGCCCUGGGAGCAGGGACGGACAGGGACCAGGUGUCAUUGGGGUGACACAGUGGGCAGUUGGCAGGGCUUUGGGGCAGCCCCAGCAAAGCAGAGAGACACUGGUGCACUGCUGUCUUCCUCCAAACAGAUGAGGAAACUGAGGCCCAGAGAGGGGAGGCACUGAUUUGCCCAAGGCCCCACAGUGAGCCAGUCAAGCGUGUCUGAGUCAGAACCGCGGCUCCUGCUGCGGUGGCCUGCGGCGUGUGGGAGGCCGCGCCCCUCCUUGGCCGAGGCUGUGGGCCCCGGCGUGUGCUCAGUGCACCAAGGCCGCGCCGGCCCACUCAGCCCGCACCGGCGCCAGCCCUGCUGCCAUGGGUGCGUUGUUCUCGCUAAGCGCUUUUGAGUGAGAUGGUGAGGGCAAGGUGAGUGCGAGGCUGCAGUGCAGGGCACGUAGUAGGUGUGCAAUAAAUGCACGUGGGAUGUGAAGGAAUGCGGGCGAGAGUGCAGCUGGCGUCAGCGUGCCCGCCUAGCCCGGGUCGUGCUCCCUGGCCCGGGCCUGGUCCUCAUUUCCCUGUGGCGCAGGCACAGCCGUGGCCCCGGGGCAGGACGACACGGGGCAGGGAGCGGGCGCGGAGGCAGUGAGGGGCAGGAGCCGGCUCCCUGACGCCGAGCAGCUGGCGUGCAGGGCUGAGGCUAACGAGACAUGAUUGAAUGGGGUGGAUGAAACCCGGCACCUCGGGUGAGACCUGAGCAGGCACUGCCCAGAGCUGCCGAGGCCGGGCGCGGGUGCCCGGGCUGCCCGGCAGUGUGUGUGAAGGGGCCUGGGGCUUUGGUUGGCAUCUAGGACAAGGUGAGGACACAGCGCCGGCGCACACCUGGCCACGUCAACAGGAGCCGGGCGCUGGAGGGCCUCUGGUGCGAUCCUCGCCGGCCGUGUUAGGCUGAUGCAGGUGACACGUUGUAAGAGGGACCUUGACAGCCAGCUGGACCUGGGGCAGCUGCACCCAAGGGUGGGAGGGACCCGACACCUGGCACAGGAAGAGCAGGUGGAGGACAUGGGACUGUUCAGCUUGGGUAAGUGGCGUGAUGACAGAUCAGCAGGUAUCGGAAGGGCCUUUGUGGGGUAUAGGCCUUGUCCCCAGUGGCUCCAGGCAGCAAGUUGGGACUUAUGAACAGAGGCAUAAGGAGCCAGAAUUGGCUUUGUGAUAGAAGUUUCCAGCAAUCAGAGCUGUUCAGGAAGGGAAUAGUAGCUUCCGGUGGGCGCUGAGCCCUGCCACAGGAUGUCUGCAAGUCGUGGGAGGUCAUCUCUGCACGGAUCCUACAGAGCCUGGUGGUGCCAAGAGCUCAGGCUGGCCGGGGCUCCUGGCUGUGUGGUAUUGGGCACGUCACUGCACCUCUCUGAGCCUCAGUUCCUCGUCUGUAAAUUGGGAGGCCUAAGAGGGUCAUGCGGCUAACAGGGAGGCUCGGUGUGUUUCUUGCCAUGGCAUGAGCACCCCAUGGGGGUCCUCUUCUGAUACCUAACACCCUGACUCGGGGCUGGCGGGGACUCCAGGGCCUCCCCCAUCCCCAGCCUGAGCUCUCAUUGCACACCGCGUGCCGAGCACCGCUGUGUCCGACUGUGCUCUGGGCGCGGGGUGACAGCACUGAGCAAGACCAGGUCCUGCUUUGCUUUCACGCUGGGGGUGGGCUAAGAGGGGGUGAUGAGGAAGGACUAAAUCAUGUCCGUGUGGAGUGCUGCGAGGGGACCAAAGCCAGGGUCGGGUGACGGGUGAGUAGAUGUGGUGGCAGGGAAGGGGGUGGGGUGGGAGCAGUUGAGCAGAGAACUGAAUGGAGAGCCCGCAGUGGGCUGUGGGGAUGCUGGGGGAAGAGCAUUCAGGCAGGGAGAACAGCACGUGCAAAGGCCUGAGGUGGGGUGUGCCGAGGGCUGAGGAGCACAGCUGGCCUGGAAUCAGGACUUCUGACCCACGGAGGAGUCGGAGUGUCUCCAGGCUUGCUCGGGCUUUCACACGUUUCUCUGAUAGGGAGGGCAAGAAACCCACCAGAUGGCCAGUGCAUGGCCGGUCCUGCUGUGGCCCAGCCCUCUGGAGAGCUCUGUGAAAGCAGAGGCCCCAGUUUUCUUAUCUGUGCAAUGGGCUAAGAGCACCAGCCUGCAGGGUUGAUAUGAGAUUUAAGGGGCAUGAGAUAUCAGACACAAACAGGCCAGAGAGGCUCCUUAAUGUGCCCGAUGUCACACAGCUCAGCAUCCAAUCCCAGGACUCUUUGCCCUCAAAGUCCCUGCCCUGCAGCUGGGCCUGAUUGAAAUACAAAUGGUUAACUUACCAAAGGGUAGAUCAGCAGCCAAGGUAUAAUUAUCCCAUUUUACAGAUGAGAAACUGAGGCCCAGGGCAGCCUGCCCAGGAACCCCAGUGAGGUGGAGGCAGCAGCAAGACCUAGUGCCUAGCCCCCUGGCCUGGGUCUCUGCCCCAAGGGGGUGGCAGGCUUUGUCCCUGAGGCCAGAGUGGUCUCUGGGCCCGCUGGCCUGGUGCUGCAUUUCCAACAGAGAGGUGAGGCGCUGCCUGCCCGAGAGUGCUGGCUGGACCCCAGGAGUCCCCGGUCUUCCUAAUCCUGGGUAAUGGCAUUGAUACAGCCAGUGACAAUGACACCUCGGGGAGCCUGGGCCAGCCUGGCCCAGGGAAGAGCCUGUGCCAGGGCCUAUCAGCUGCUGCAAAUGAGAUUUCCCCGGCUGAGCCUCACGUCCCUGCUCCUGGGAGGCCGGAUACAGACUGUACCUCCCUCACCCUCUCCCCGGAGCUGACCUGUGUCACCGAAGGAGUGUGGCUGUAUGAGCAGGAGCCCAGGGCGGUGCAUUUGUGGGUCCUCCUGCUCUGCACAGAGUGUGUUGGCCUCCACCGUGCCUUAGGGUUUUGUAGGAGCCCUGGGUGGCUCUCACCUUGUCACAUGGGGAGAAACUGAGGCUCAGAGAGGGCCUGUCUGAGACUCAAACACGGUCUCAGAGCUGGUCAGGCCACGUUGUCCCUGCUGACCUCGCUGCCCACAUCUCCGGCUCUCAUCCACCCCACCUCGCUCCGUCCAUGCUCUCCCCCAGCCGGGGAGCGGCCGAGCCACGGAGCCCUCCACACUCCACGGUGCAGGGAGGGCUCUCCUGGGGGCGGAGAGGCCAGGCCUCCCCUCUGGCUAGGGAGCUUGGUGGGCAGCCGGUAGUGGGGGACAUGGGGGGAUGUGACCCCAGGGUUCAGUGCGGGUGAAAAAGGUUGUGAAGUAAUAGCGACAAAACCCACACCGACAACAGCUGCCCUUCGCAGAGCCCAGCACCGAGCUUGGCACUUCGUGCACCAGAGCUCACUGCACCCUCACAGCUCACCCCCUUCCUGGUGAGGAAACUGAGGCCUAGGCCUGGUGUCCCAGGUUGGCUGGCAGCGAAGCCCUUGUUGGGACAUGGUAAGAUCCCGGAAGGGACUUGGAGUUGGCAGAUCAGGAUCUGUCACUGGCACCUGGGUCCUGAGCCUGAGCUGCUACCAACUUGGUGUAGGACCCUCCCUCUGUCCUGCCCUCAGUUUCCCCUCUGAGAGGGGCUCCAGCUCUGGGACUUCAGGAUUCUGAGUCCACAGAUGGGCCAGGGAACCUGUGGCACCUGGGCGGGAAGGGCACAAAACCAACUGGAGCUACUGGCAGCUGAUUGUGACCGGAGGCCUGGAGAGGGUGGCAUCUGCCCAGAGUGACCCAGGAGCGUGUGCCCAGCUUUGUUCUCAGAGCAGCAAGUGCCUGCUGGGCUUCACUGACUCCUCUCCCUCUGCUCUGCCCAAGGACGCCCCUGUAAGAGGGGACAUCCUACAGUGUGUAGCCAGCAGACCAGGGACCUGCGGGAGAUUCCUGGAUACCAUGAUGCCCCCUGGGCUUGCCACAUUCCUUUUUUCUGUGGUGGAAGGAGAGGGACCCUUAAGAGUGGUGCUGGUGGGCACUUGGCACUUGUCAGGGGUACAGGCUCUUGCAGUGGGGGCAGGGUCUGGUGAGGCCGGGGCAGCCGGGGGCACUGCUAUGAGGUCGGGAACACGGCACCCGCAAACACCUGCUUCCUGCAUGGCUGUGCCCCUCCCCGGCUGCGUGGCGUGGGCUGGUGCCACUGAGGCCCUGCGCGGAAAAGGCCUCUGCUCGCAACAGCUGCUCCUGCCCCCUGCUCCCUCUGGGCUGGUCACAGGCUGCAUCUCGGUGGCUCAGCCAGACCCGGUGUCAUCUGUCUCCCUGGCCCCUGGGGGGCUGAGGGCAGCAGGUGUCCAUGUCCCUCACCCCGUCUGUCAUGUGUGUCACUGCGAUCGGUUCCUCGACCUUGGGCGAGUCCUCUAUCUCUCCCUUGCUCUGCCGCUCCUGCUCGCUGGCCGUAGUGUUGCUGUCCUGUCCUCAGCGCUCAGCUCCUCUCCAUCCCUGUGUGUCAGCCCUGGGGUGUGGGGUGGUGCCUGUGUGUGGGAGGAUCACCCUCAUGGGAGGAGGGGGAGGGUGUGACUUUGCCCAUUUGGUCCCUGGGACCCCAGGCCUGAGAACACCGGGCUGGCGCCCCCCUGCCCACUCCGUGAGUGGGUGAGCGGCUGGGUGGGGGCCAAGUGCUGCUGUCAGCACCUUCUCGACCUCUGCUUCCCCUCCCGGGCUGUGUCAAGCCUCGACGGGCUGCAGGCAGGCAGCCCGGGGACGGGGACAGGGCGGCUGACGCACUCGGGACAGGGUGAUGGAAACCUUCUCCCCUCCUUGGUCUGAGUCACAGGGGAGAGUGGGAGCUGGGCCGUGGCCCAAGGCAUCCUGGGAACCACAAGGAAGAGGAGAGAGGGCCAGGGGCAGGGUCACCUUGAGGGCUCAGGUGGCAGAGCUCAGAGUGGCUGGGUGGGGGCACAGAGGGUCCUACCCUGGGCCAUUUGGGCAAGGCAGGGCUGGGGAGGCCUGGCAGCCUGGGCCCCUUCUCCUGCCCCUGUCCCUCUGCCCUGGGCCACCUUGCACCCCGGCAGGGCCCGGCUCUCCCAAGGCCCCUGCCAGCUUGGUCUCCCAGCACGGGGCCUGGCUGAGGAGGCCUGGCUGGUGGUCUGAGCAACUCCGAUCUGAGGAGGGGGCUGGAGGUGGGAGCACAUAUGCACACAGACAUGCAUGUGCAACACACGUGUGCUUAAACAUGUCAACUAUGGUAUAGGUGGGUGCCUGUGUUCCCUGGUGUGCCCCCGACACACAUGUUCCCGCUCCUCCACACGCGAGCAUGUGUUCCUGUAGCUGGUGCACAGGACGUGCACUGCACAUACGUGUGCACACGCGCCUGCUGCACAUUGCCUGCUCGUACGCGUCAGCACACCCCUGCACCGGCACGCUGAGCCACCUGCGUGUGCACCUGCAUACAAAUGCAGUCCCCGGACAUUCCCUGGCGGGGAGGAGGGGCCGCACUGGAGCAGACAGGGCUCUCUGACAGGCCGGCUCACGCGUCCCUGAAGCAGCGAGCGUAGAGGCUCAGCCUCCUCCAGUGCAGCCUUUUGGCCUGUGGGAGGGGAAGCUGCGGUCCAGAGAGGGGCAGAAGUGGCCUAGGGUCCCCAGGAGCCAGCAGGCCAUGUUGGACAGGAGCUGAGACCUGUCUCCAGCCCUGAGACCUUUGCCUGGCACAGCCAAGGACAGAAUGCUGUUUGCUGCCUGGGCUCCCCUUCCUGCCCGGCUGCCUCCGCCACCCCCCGAGCUGGUCGUGCAGGGCACCAGGAGGUGAGAGGCAGACUCGAAGGUCCCAGUGGGUCAUCUAGAUGCUCUGCUCAUCUGCCACCUCCUUGGCAGAAACAGCUUGCCUUGGACUUCCUCCGGCUUCUUCCCCCACCCCGCUUUCCUUCCCUCUGUUCCAACCCUCUGGAGCUCAGUGCUGUAAAUUGGUUUUGCUUUCACGGCAAAGGUUCGGAAUUUUUUUCCAAGCACUCUCUUUCCUGGAGUUUCCCAGGAGGAGGAGCAGGAGGCGGAGGUGGCACUUGUGAACAGUCUCCAGCUUUCUCUGUCCAAAUGUGGAUUUCUCAGGCCUCAUCUUCACAUCCCUGGCCCCUGCCUGGGGCAAAGGGCGGAGCACUGGGAUCUCUGUAGUCGAGAGCACAGGGGGGCGGCUGGGGCUGGGUUCUGGUCAAGCAGCUGUGUCCAGCCUGCUGGGCAACCUGGGCGAGUCUCCCCUGGGCCUGGGGCUCAGUUUCCCCACUUAGAAGGUGAGGGUUGAUGAGAUGGUCUGUGAGCUGUGACCCAUGCCCCCUCUGCAUUUUGGGGAUGGGCAGCAUGAGUCACCUGUUUUUUCCCCGUCAGAUGGGCUGGACAAGAACCUGGCCUCCACUUUACAGAUGCGGAAAUAGACUCAGAGAGGUGGUAUGUUUACCUGGCUGGUCGGCGCGCUGGUCGGGCUCCGGGCCUCCUGACUCCUGGCUUGGGCUCACGUGGUUUGGGAGCCUUGAUCCUGGCCCAGGCUGUGCUGUGUUACUUGGAGCAACUCCCUGUCCCUCUCUGGGCCUCUGACUCUCCAGCCAUGGAAAGGGAUGUGGGGCUUCAGCCAUUCUGUUCCAGAGGCCUGAGGCCCCCCUACAGCAGCCAGGUGCUCCUUGGGAAAGCACUUUUGGGAGAUGCUACUGGGAGUGCCUCUGGUUUCCCGGGCUCUUGUCCCCUCUUUCCCUGGGCUCUGCUCUCCUGUGGGAUGAGCUCUCCCAGGCCCUCCCCCUGCAGGAGACCCUGGCCUCUGCCUCCCCCAGCUUGGAGGGGCCCACAGCCGAGAUGCUCUUCUCCCCCUCCCCCAUGGAAGCUGAGACAAGGGAAUUAUUUUUGGAACAAGAGCAGUUACACAACAAAUGAAUUAUUUAUCUUUGGGCAUGGAGGAAAGGAGGCAUUUUGCUGGGCUGCUUAAUCCUUUAUCUGGAUUUGGGGGUGUCCACUUGGGAACCAGGUGCCGAUGGGUCUCUCCCUUCCUGCCCCCGUCUCUCUCGCUCCCCCUCAGUGCUGCACGCUCCAGCCUCCUGUGGGAAUCGUCUGAAGCUCUGAGCCCAGAAGCCAAGGAGGAAGCGGAGGAAGAGGGACAGGAAGUCAAGCCCCGAGAAGCUGUGCUACUUCCCAGCAGGAGACAAGGCCUCUGUCCCUCCUGGGUCACCUGCUCCAGCACCCCAGGAGGCCCCCAGCAGUUGGCACUGGCCGUGCCCGCCUCGCCUGGGGCCCCUGUGCUGGGGGUCGCCCCCAAGAUGGUGGCGGCCCCGGGGAGGACUGUGCUGCCAGCCCCAGCCUCCAGCCACUAGGCCCCCAGCGUCCCGGCCCCUCACCCUGAGCCCGGCCGUCGGGGGGGCGAGGCCAGCGCCAUGCUGCGCCUGGGGCUGUGUGCGGCGGCGCUGCUGUGCGUGUGCCGGCCGGGCACCGUGCGCGCCGACUGCUGGCUCAUUGAGGGCGACAAGGGCUACGUGUGGCUGGCCAUCUGCAGCCAGAACCAGCCGCCCUACGAGACCAUCCCGCAGCACAUCAACAGCACCGUGCACGACCUGCGGCUCAACGAGAACAAGCUCAAGGCCGUGCUCUACUCCUCGCUCAACCGCUUCGGGAACCUCACCGACCUCAACCUCACCAAGAACGAGAUCUCCUACAUCGAGGACGGCGCCUUCCUGGGCCAGUCGAGCCUGCAGGUCCUGCAGCUGGGCUACAACAAGCUCAGCAACCUGACGGAGGGCAUGCUGCGCGGCAUGAGCCGCCUGCAGUUCCUCUUCGUGCAGCACAACCUCAUCGAGGUGGUCACGCCCACCGCCUUCUCCGAGUGCCCGAGCCUCAUCAGCAUCGACCUGUCCUCCAACCGCCUCAGCCGCCUGGACGGUGCCACCUUCGCCAGCCUGGCCAGCCUGAUGGUGUGCGAGCUGGCCGGCAACCCCUUCAACUGCGAGUGCGACCUGUUCGGCUUCCUGGCCUGGCUCGUGGUCUUCAACAACGUCACCAAGAACUACGACCGCCUGCAGUGCGAGUCGCCGCGGGAGUUUGCCGGCUACCCGCUGCUGGUGCCCAGGCCCUACCACAGCCUCAACGCCAUCACCGUGCUCCAGGCCAAGUGCCGCAACGGCUCGCUGCCCGCCCGGGCUGUGAGCCACCCCACGCCCUACUCCACCGACACCCAGAGGGAGCCCGACGAGAACUCGGGCUUCAGCCCCGACGACAUCCUUUCGGUGGAGCCACCGGCCUCGUCCACCACGGAUGCGUCCACGGGGCCCGCCAUCAAGCUGCACCAUGUCACCUUCACCUCGGCCACCCUGGUGGUCAUCAUCCCACACCCCUACAGCAAGAUGUACGUCCUGGUCCAGUACAACAACAGCUACUUCUCCGACGUCAUGACGCUCAAGAACAAGAAGGAGAUCGUGACGCUGGACAAGCUGCGGGCGCACACUGAGUACACCUUCUGCGUGACCUCGCUGCGCAACAGCCGCCGCUUCAACCACACUUGCCUGACCUUCACCACGCGGGACCCCGUGCCGGGCGACCUGGCCCCCAGCACCUCCACCACCACCCACUACAUCAUGACCAUCCUGGGCUGCCUCUUCGGCAUGGUCAUCGUGCUGGGGGCAGUUUACUACUGCCUGCGCAAGCGGCGCAUGCAGGAGGAGAAGCAGAAGUCCGUCAACGUCAAGAAAACCAUCCUGGAGAUGCGCUAUGGGGCCGACGUGGACGCUGGCCCCAUCGUGCACGCCGCCCAGAAGCUGGGCGAGCCCCCUGUACUGCCCGUGUCCCGCAUGUCCUCCAUCCCCUCCAUGAUCGGGGAGAAGCUGCCCGCCGCCAAGGGGCUGGAGGCCGGGCUGGACACGCCCAAGAUGGCCACCAAAGGCAACUAUAUCGAGGUGCGCACGGGCGCGGCCGGGGACGGCCUGCCUCGGCCUGAGGACAACCUCCCGGACCUUGAGAACCAGGGCUCGGCCGCGGAGAUCUCCACCAUUGCCAAGGAGGUGGACAAGGUCAACCAGAUCAUCAACAAUUGCAUCGAUGCCCUCAAGCUGGACUCAGCCUCUUUCCUAGGGGGCAGCGGCGGUGGUGGGGAGCCCGAGCUGGCCUUUGAGUGCCAGUCCCUCCCUGCAGCCACUGCCACCUCCUCGGCUGCUGCCCCUGCGGCGCUGGAGCUGCCCAGCUUCCUCUCGCCCCCGUACAAGGAGAGCUCCCACCACCCGCUGCAGCGCCAGCUGAGCGCUGAUGCCGCCGUCAGCCGCAAGACCUGCAGCGUGUCGUCCAGCGGCUCCAUCAAGAGCGCCAAGGUCUUCAGCCUGGACGUGCCUGACCACCCAGCCACCCCGGGGCUGGUCAAGGCUGACUCCAAGUACAUCGAGAAGGGCAGUCCCCUCAACAGCCCGCUGGACCGGCUGCCGCUGGUGUCCGCGGGCAGCAGCGGGGGCAGCAGUGGGGGCGGGGGCGUCCACCACCUGGAGGUGAAGCCGGCCUACCACUGCAGCGAGCACCGGCACAGCUUCCCCGCGCUGUACUACGAGGAGGGCGCCGACAGCCUGAGCCAGCGCGUGUCCUUCCUCAAGCCGCUGACCCGCUCCAAGCGUGACUCCACCUACUCACAGCUCUCCCCCAGACACUACUACUCAGGGUACUCCUCCAGCCCCGAGUACUCAUCUGAGAGCACGCACAAGAUCUGGGAGCGCUUCCGGCCCUACAAGAAGCACCACCGGGAGGAGGUGUACAUGGCCGCUGGCCACGCCCUGCGCAAGAAGGUCCAGUUCGCCAAGGACGAGGACCUGCACGACAUCCUCGAUUACUGGAAAGGGGUCUCAGCCCAGCAGAAGCUGUGACCCUCUUCUCCCCGGUGAGGUCGCAGCUGGAGGGGUAGGCCGCUGGGGGAAGGGCCCGGGCGGCCGGGGCGGGGCAGACCGGGGGCCGGGGCCGAGAAGGGGACGCACACGCACACCCGCACGCACGCACCAUGCACACACCUGACCACCACCUGACUGUGAACAAACCAACAUCCGACAAUAACGGACAGGAAAACAAAGACACAUUUUCCUUAAAGUUUACAAACUGAUACCGAAACCAGUCGUCUUUACUGUGCUGCCCAGGGACUCUGCUGGGGUGUGCGGGGCUGGGGGGCGGUGGUGGAUAAGCAAGGAAGCCAGAAGAGGGUGUCGGGUCUGGGGCUAGGGCCAGGUUUGGGGCCCAAAGAGACUGGAGUAGAGAGAGACCGAAGCCCCUCUGGGGCAGGAGAGGCCCCCAGCUGGGGGAUGGGUCACUUUUAGAUUGGGCACCAGAUAAACAUCGGGCAUCAUUUCCCUCCACUUAGGGGUGGGGAAACUGAGGCCCAGGGAAGGAAGUGUGAACCCCGGGUCCUGCAGGAAGUUAGGCCCAGAGCUGUCCUCGGACCCCAGCAGCUCCCUGUGCCCCCCAUCCUCCCACCACCCUCUUCCGAAGCUGUGGUCUCCUGGGGCUGAGGGACUUGAGAAUCAGGCAGGUGCUUUUCCUUUCUAGAAAGCCCUACAGCAGUGCUCAGAGUGUAGAGCUGUGAUUCCUAGUCCUGGGGGCCCUGGGAGAGGAGAGGGGUCCUGCUGACAGAAAAGGAGCCCAGGCAAAGGGACAUCCCAUCAACCCCCUUCAAGUGUCUUCCAGGGGGCCUGGGGAGUGGUCUGUGGGGUCUGAGGAGAGGGGUGUGUGGUGAGCAGGCCGGCUCCCACGGCAUCUCAGGUGCAGGCCCCCGCACCCCAGCCCCCAGCUUCCCUGGUCCUCCGAGACCCCUACCCACCCCAGAAGGGCAGCAGUGCACUGUGAUGCGGGGUGGGGGGCAGGGGCGGCUGUAAUGGGGACUCGCUGCCUGGGCCCCACAUCCUGGUAUCUCGGGCAGGUCCCAGCCUGCCCAGGGGCAGGAGGGCUUUCCCACCCACCUAUCUUGGUGGCCCAUCCCUGCCUCACCCCCUGGCUGGAGGGGCUCCCGUGUUUCCAUGGAAAUGGCCACGCCCCCUUUCUGACCCCUACCCAACAUCCAACAAAGCACAAACAGUGAGGUCCCCGCCUGCAGGGGUGGGGCACCCCUCCCCCUCCUAGCCACCUCUGUUGCCAUGGCAACCCGGUGCCUGGCAGUUGGUGCCCAGAGCAACCGUUGGGCUCUGGGGCUGCUCUCAGUGUGGGUGGCAGAGGGGUGAGGGCAGGGAGGGCUGGGCGACACUGCCUGUCUCAAGAGCAGGGGCUUCCUGGGGCCAGGGCAGGAGGGCAAAUUUAGGUCUUGAGACGGUGGGGUCUUGGACUGUCAAGAUCUGAGGGGCCAGAGUCCAUCACUCCCUCACGUUAGGGUGGGAGAUGGGCCAGUGGGGGUGGGCACGGCCUACUGGGCAUCUUUGCCGCCUGCCCACAUGCCCCUGGGCUCCCCCAGGCUCAGGAUGUGGGGAGCCCUCAGCUCUCCCCUGUCCCUGCCAGAGACCUCCAGCUCCUGGCCUGUUGCCCACAUGGGUGUCUGAGGGGUAUCAGGGGUGUGGCCUGAGGAGUGAGGGUGGACUGGGGUGGGACCAAGACCUGUACUGGGGGGCUUUGACCAGGCGAGCUAGUGCCAUCCCUUCGGGGGGGGGGCUCCAGACCCUCCCACUGGGCUGGGCGUGAGGAGGGCGGCAGGGCUCUCCCACACCUGCUCUGGGUGGGCCAAGCCCAGGGCUCCCUUUGGGGGGGGUGACAUUUGCAAAGAAAAGACUGUUCUCCUGGGGAGAAGAGGGGAGGGGCCUGGCACAGAUAUGCAUAGCAGACCUCCCCCAGCCCCCCAAAACCUGCCCCACUCCUCACACCCAGUCGGCACAACUGAGAGAAGCAGGCGGGCAGAGAAGCCAGCGGUGUGAGAAAGCAGAUUCCCUGUUAUAUUUGCAUGACGAUUUUACUGUAUUUUUCUGAGCAAACAUCUGUCGUGUAUGUGCCAGUUUGUCCAGACUCCCCCGCCUUCCCCCCCGCCACCCUCCUUUCCCAAAUCCCUCUGUUUUGAUCUGACGAGCAGCUCUUGAAACCCAGGGAGGGGCCAGCUCUGCAAAAUACCUAAAACAGGUGCCACCAAGACACAGCCCUGCCCCACACCCACCUCCCAUCUUUCUGGGCCUUGAGCCCACAAGUGCCACCCCCCAUCCAUCCACUGCCACCUCCCCUGCCCUGGGUCCAGCCCUUUCCCCACCUGGGCCAGGGCGGGCAGCCCAGGGACACUCCAAGAGCUCAUCUCCCAGCAGGAGGGAUGUGAUGAUCCUCUUACUGUCCCACUCGUUCCCAUUUUGCAGAUGAAGAAGUCAGGGCCCCCAAAGAGGGGUCUGUCGAUGUGGCCAGCCAGGUGGGGAGGGCAGUCACACUGCUGAGUACAGGAGGCCAAGAGCUUGAGGCUUCGUGGGAGGCUUUAUGGCAGGCUUGGGGCCCCAAGGGAGGACCCAUGGCAGGAAGGAGCCUGGCGUUGGCAGGGCCUCACUGGAGGUGGGGCUGCCCCCAGGGAGGGCUCUGUCCUUGCCGGUUCCCCAUCCUUCCUGGUUGAAAAUGACCGAUAAAAGCCUCAACUGUCUACCUGCAGGGGAAGGGCCCCAUCUUUACCUGAGGACCCUGGCACUCUAGGAGGUGAACUGACCUGCAGGAUGUAGGUCGCAUGGUUCCUUGUGAGGCAGAGCCAGGUCCCCAGCUGCCCAGGCCAGGCCCCUUUGGGGAAGAGCCCACCUGGAGGCUCUCCUGUGUCCUGCCUCCCGUUCAGGAUGAGUUUUCCCCAGUGGGAGCGAAAUAUUCGCAAAAGAUGAAUGACCGUCUCCACCGGGGAGUCUGGCAGAGGCCCUGUGUUUGUCAUGGUGAUGGGCACAGUGGGCCUGGGCAGGCGGGAGGGAAGGGGGGCUGGUAGGUGGGGGAGCAGCCAGAGGUGUGGGCGCUGCACCCUGGACCCCCCGAAUGCGGUUGCGCCUGGCCUGCCCGGCCCUAUCAGAGCUGUCCUUUGAAGCCUACUCCUGGGAAGUGGCACAGAUGUGGCCACUCUCUCCUGGAGGGCACGGUAGGCUCAGCUAACCCUUUUUUGGAGCUAAUGACCUUCCAGAAGCAAAAAGUGGAGGUUGGUGGGAAUAAAGCUCAGUCUGGUGUGGACACCUCCUCAGGGGCCCUGGGCUGGCAUCUCCCUGCCCAGGAGGGGUUUCUCUCUGCCCACCAGGGCCCCUUACCUCUGCACCCCUCCUGGGGGCAGCCCGUGCCGGGAAAGGGCUGGGAGGGGUGGGGGUGGGGGUGGGACACCCACUGGGGAAGGCCAGGCCUGAGGAGCCUCAGAGAGGCACCUGGGGAGCAGGGUGGAGAGUCUGGGGCUGGCCAAGGGCCACCCAAGUUCCCAACUAGAAGUUGGUCACCCGCUCCACUCCACUCCUGGAAAUUUAGCUGAGGGGGAAGCUGAGGAGCAGGAAAGGAAAGGAAAUCUUCUAGGGCCAAGAUGGGACAGGCAGUAGGGAUGACAGUGAUGGGUCCCAGCUUAUAAGGGGCCUAAAAAAGCAAAGGGACAAGCACGGAAUGUUCCCCAGUGAGGGCAGGUGGGUUCUGUGGAGAAUUAAAACAAGGUGAUGGGGGCAAGGGCUAGGUGGUCAGGGAGGUCCCUCAGAGGAAGUGACAGGUGGCCCAGCUCUGAGUGACAGGAGGAGCCAGAAGAUGGCCAGGCAUGAAAAUAAGACUGGAGGGAGAGGGGCUGCCCUGGCCACUGUCCCACCAGUGCCUCCUCUGGUCACCCCACCACCUGCCCGCCUGGGUGGGUGGGGCAGGGCAUGGGAGGAGCAGCGACCGGGCCUUACAGGGUGGGCUGUGCAAAGGGCACCGCGCCUGACCCUGGGGCCACACUGCUGCUCUGGCCCUCAGCCCCGGAGAGGGGAGCUUCUCCAGCCCUGAUGCUCAGAUUCCUCCAUCCUGGUUCCCCCUCCCCUCCCCGUAUCCCCCCAAGACAGAACCAGUAUUCACACUGCUCGCCUGGCCUCUCCGGGCUGCCUCAGGCCCCCCCACUGCAGGGAGAGGAAGAGGGGGCCCGGCAGGGUGGGCCAGGAGGGUCUGGGCCUCCUCUCCCUUCCCCUGCCCCUCUGCCAGACAAGCACAGGUUGGGGCGGGGCUUGGCGUCCUGGCAGCGGUGGCCGCUUCCCUCUGUCCCCCUCCGUCCCCUUCCCUGCCCCAUCAGGAGCCGCCAGCCCCCAAGGGUGCUGCGGUUUGGCACCUGGUUUGGGUCCUGCAGAGCCGGCCCGAGGCCCUGGACUCUGAACCUGUGAACCCUAGCUGUGUAUGGACCUUUCCUCCCCCGGGGGGCCUUGAACCCUCUCCUUUUCUUCUUUUGGGGGGGUAACUUCGUUUAUUUUCUCUUCCCUACAUCUGCCUCCCCCCACCCCCUGAUUUCCUGUUUUAAACUGAAUGGCACGAAAUUGUUUUCCUCAACUCGGAGAUUCCUGUAUGGAGAGAAUCAAUUUCUAUAUUUGCAAUAAAUUUCUUAUUUAAAACUACGGGGCCAAGGUCUGUAUUGAAUCACCCCAGCCCCAGCCCCGCUGCCCCUGGACUACCGGCCGGUUUCUGGCCCCUUUCCCCACUUCCCUUCUCGACGGGAGCCUGGGGCUCAGGCUGAGGCUGUGGGAUGCAGUGGUCGCUGCCCACUGUCAAGGGAAAAAGAAAGGGUCUGCCAGACGGAGGACGGGCCUGCAGGGACUGCAGGAUCGCUGUGCUCCCAGCACCACACAGGCCUGGCUGGCUGGGGGCCUCACAAAAACCUGGAAGCCCCCUUGCCCUUCGUCCUCUCCCCUCUCCUGCUGUCCUAGCCUCCCUCACCCCUGUGUGGAGACAGGGCACCCUGUGGGGCAUCCCGGGGUCCCAGCUGCUCCCCAGGGCAAGGUCCUCUAGUUAAUGACCACGACUCUAGCUUCUCAGAGGCUGCCCCUCCUGCUCCUGCUUGGGUGGGUCCAGGUCUCUGAGGGACCCUCUGAGCCUCCCCUUAGCCCGGCCCAGGCAGCCUGUCCUGGGCCCCUGGCCUGCCCCAACCCUGUGUCGUCCUCCCAUCUGCGGCCCCUCUCUCCACAGCGAGGAACCAGCCCUGCUGCUCCUCACAGUCAAGAGAUGAGCCUUGUCUCUCUGGUCGUCAGCCAGGGACCUCGGCUGAACUGCCCAAGGCCUCGAUCAGGUGGCUCUGGAGCCCACUGCUGGCCCCAGCCACCUGCUUCCUAGAGCCAGAGCCCUCCUGCCUUUGCUCAGACCCCUGCUCUCCAACUGCUACAAACUCCUCCUCUGGAAAGCCCUGGAUUCCGCCUGGAUCUCUGUGGGGAAACUUUGAGUGCACUCCCGGGUCUGAGCUACCGCCGUGAGAGGUGUCACACCGUGGCACUCAGCAGCUCAGCCCCGGAUCAGUGGGAACUGUGCCCUGGAGGCUCUGGGGGCCUGCAGGGCUGUCCUGCUCCCUGCCUGCCUCCAUUGGAGUUGGUUGGACUGUGUGGACUGACCGUCUGGGAUGGCCGGGGCUGGGGACCACACCCUUCUCCUGCCCGAGCUCCAGCUGGCCUCCUGUCCCCUCCCAGUGCCCUCGCCCAGGCUGGGUGCAGCUGUUCCCAGGGGGCUGGAGCCUGGCCACCGUCCCCCCCUAGCUCUGCUCCCUGGCUGUUCCAGCAGUGGCCCCAUCCUCCCUCCUGAGGGAUAUCCCCUAUGAACCUGCACCAUGGGAGGAGGAGGAGGCAGAGGAACAGGCACAGCCGAAGGCUCUGUCACCUCAGGCCCUAUAGCCAGGGCUGCCCUGCAGUCCCCAGCCUGACUCAGGCUCCAGGAUACCCCUGCCCACUCAACUUCCUGUGACACUUUGCCUUCCUGUGACACUUUCUCUUCAUCAGCAUCGGUUUUUUUUCUGGAAGGGUUAAUUUUAUUCCCUAGAAAGCUAAGAUGUGACCAAAGCUGUACAUGAGUCCGGUGGUCAAGGCCCAGGCCCUGCCCCUUGGGUUGGCCUGAGGCCUCUGUUAGGGGACACUGCAGCUCCUGGGCAUUUGGAAGCAUCAAGGAUGGGUUGGCUUUGUGUGCGGGAAUCCUGUGUCAGUUCUCAGGCUUAAAAAUUAACUUUUAUUCACUAACAUAAACACAAACAUCCUUAUGUUUAAUUUCAACACAAAAGUUAUUCUACUUAUAAAUCUAGCAAAUUUAAACAAGCACAUUUAAGGGGGAUCUGGCUAAUUUUGGGCCCAUGUUUCAAAUGUAGUUAAGGGAAUGUCCUUACCUACCCCAAACUGUAUACGUUUUGUAUAUCUGCUUUCCUUUUUACAUACUUCAGUUAUUUGAAGAACAGGUGAAACCUGUGACCCGAUAAAUUCUCACUUAUUCCUGUGGUGACUCUGGGUUCCUGUCAUGUCCCAAUAGCUUUAACACAUGAGCCUCAUAUCGAGGAAAAUCACAGUUCGGAAUGAAUUCCUUAUACGAAAUAUUCGACUCAAAGCUCAAGCAGACUCUGGUGUUUUAAUAGCAAAUACCUGAACCACUAAAUAUGCCCUUAUUUCAUAACACAAAAUAUUGACUAUAAAAAAGUGACUUGCUUGUUUUGUGCCUAAUCCUAAUUCUUCCUGGGGCAAAGGGGUGUCCAUCCAGUGAUAAGACCAAUGUCUCCCGAUUGGGGUCCACUGUGGGGGCAAUUUUGGGGAAAACCUCUGUGGGCUGGGCCCCGAUGAAUUGGAUAUUUCAGCUGGGGCAGGGGUCUGGGUGUGGUAGACAGGACUCCAAUUGCUGGGGGGACCCCACUUUGACCCUUUCUGUGUGGUGCCCUCUCCAUGGGGUACUCUGUCCCACCUGGGCCCACGAGCCAAGCUGCAGGUGUCUUGGUUCUUCUGUGUCCUCCAGGAAGUCCACAGUCCCACCUGUGACCUACCACCUGGGUGCUCUCCAGUCUGGGCUGCUUCCUUCUCCAGAUGCCUUAACGUCCCCCCACCUCAGUGGCUCCCACACUGGCAGGCGUUCACAGCACAUUUACCUGGCUCUGCCCGGCCUUGGUUUGAAGGUGUUCACAGUUCCAAGGUUAUGCUGGUGACCCUCGUAGCGGCUUGGCCAGGGAAGUUCCUUUUCUGUUUAGUUGCUUAGCUGAAUUCUCCUCUCUCAAUCUCCCCCCAGCCUCAGGAACAGCAACAUUUUUUUCUCCAGAGAUGUCCUUAAAAGAAGCCCUGUGCCUGCAGGUUUUUAAAAGGAUCACUGGGUCUCAGCUGGUUCUCAGAUGUCAGUCCCAAAAGGCAGGAUCCUAGGCACCCCAGCCCCCAGCUUCUCAGAGGCUGCCCCUCCUGCUCCUGCUUGGGUGGGUCCAGGUCUCUGAGGGACCCUCUGAGCCUCCCCUUAGCCCGGCCCAGGCAGCCUGUCCUGGGCCCCCGGCCUGCCCCUCCCCUGUGUCGUCCUCCCAUCUGCGGCCCCUCUCUCCACAGCGAGGAACCAGUCCACUGUGUGGACUGACUGUCUGGGAUGGCCGGGGCUGGGGACCACACCCUUCUCCUGCCCGAGCUCCAGCUGGCCUCCUGUCCCCUCCCAGUGCCCUCGCCCAGGCUGGGUGCAGCUGUUCCCAGGGGGCUGGAGCCUGGGCACCGUCUCCCCCUAGCUCUCUGCUCCCUGGCUGUUCCAGCAGUGGCCCCAUCCUCCCUCCUGAGACUCUACGAUCCUGAGUCUGGCCCAGGAGCACCUGGGGGGUUUCCUGCUUGCUCAGGAAUUCUUCUAGCUCUUCCCAGGCUGGGGAAUCCAGUUCCGAGUCGGACUCGUGCCCCACGCUACCCAGUGCCUCUGAGUACAGGCUCCAGCCGCAGCUUCUGGCCUCUGCGUCUGGGGUCUCCCCCGGGUAAUGGGCUGGCCUCACGCACUCCUUCAUGAGGCCCUUUACCUGCAGAGACCAGGUGGCUAUGUUAGCCCAAGGUGAAGGGCUCUGGUCCCCAACUUCACUGCGUUCCCAUCCCUGCACCUGUGAGUCCACCUGGGCCUGCUCUCUGGCCUUGCUCUUCUGCAGCUCAGCUGUGUCUCGGCCUGCAGGGCCCACCUCUCAGGAGGGGGCUGCGUUUCUGCCUUCCUCAUCACUCCUGCCUGGAGGGUGUCACGGCCUGACCCCAAGGGCCCAGCCUCCAGGCAUGGUCUGGCUGUCCCUCGAGCCUUGGGGCCCCUUCCCCUUCCCUAGGCCUGGAGUUCCAGCCUGUCCCUGUCCCCUCUCCUCAGGGUCCCGUCUGCUACCCCUGUUCCUGCCCAGUCCCGCCUCCCCAUGUAAGCCGGAAGCCCCCACCCCAAAUCUCCCUGUCUUGGCCUCCUCUAAAAUAGCCCUCACCUGCACGUCUGACAGCGGCUUCGGUCCUCACGGUUCUUGCCAAAGAAAGCAAGGCCAUGUGUGAAGGAGGCACUGGUGACAGCACUGGGGACACAGGCAGCCACAGCUUCUCAAUCCUUGUCCUCAAUCUUCCUGUCUCCACUUUUCCUCCUCCAGCGACGUCUCCUCCCCCACCACUCAGCUACCAGAAUCUACACCUGCCCAAGAGACAAAACCCCUCCACCUGCUCCCUCUCCUCACUCACUUUCACAAACAAUAUUUAUGGCCACCCGUGUGCUGGGCAGGAGCGAAUGCAUGCACUCCAGUCUGGGUUCUGUUGCAGAGAGCAGAAUUCUCUACAGCUGAAUAAGCAGGAAAGGACUCACGAGAGACCACCGAGUGGUGGACGGCAUCGUCGGGGAGGCCGAAGACCAGACGUGAGGGUGUGCUUUGAGGACUGACUUUAGAGUAACAGGGCAGAACUGGGCCACAGUGGCAGCAGCGUCACGGGUGCCCCAUGGGAGCUGGUGACGGGCUGCACACCCCUGUCCUAGGGCAGGGACGGUGGCUGCAGAAGCAGAGGCAUCCCAUCUGCCCGGUGCCUCCUUCCAAACCUCUGGAAGAAUAUCUGAUCUGUGCAGCCCAAGCCACAUCUGACCCUUGGCUUCAAGAAGGACUCGGCAGGGUGGUAUUUAGCUUUCCAGGCCCUGCCGGAGGCAGGCCAUGCCUCACAUCCAGUGCUGGGGGUCAGGCUAGGCGGCAUCUGACCCCCACGGCGGCCCGUCCCACGCAGGGGAGCUAGUCUACAUUUCGGGGAACGGGGUGAGAGACAGAAAUUCCCCCGCCCUGGCACAGCUCACCAGAGCAGGGCUGGGAUGGAACCCAAUCCGCUUUACUCUCCGGCUUUGCUUGUUGCUUUAUCUUCUCCCAGACAUCCCCUCGGCCAGGGGGGCCAAAGGCCUGAGUCCCAGGUUGGGCACCACACAAUGUCCCAACCUGUAGGUCUGCAGAGAGCUGAGGGACACCAGCCUUACAACAGGCCCAAGGCCUGGCAUGGCUCUCUCAGACCCUGCAUUCUGAUACUUGCUGCUGAAAUUCUGGUUACUUCUAAGAUAUCUGCUCCAAAUCCUUCAUUGAAAGAUGUGAAGAAUGAGCCCAGAAAAUAGGGCGUGGAGGGGAACGCCUUCCCCAGGUCGUGGGAAGCAUGGCACGGGAGGAUGGAGACCAGGUCUUGGGGUAGCAUAAUCAAUUUGGAUUAGACCCCAGAGAUGGGAGGGGGAGGAGGCAGGUGGGACUAGGGUCUAGAGGGGCCCUGCCACACACACGGGAGAGGUCUGUUCUGACCUUCCCCUAGCUCCCAGCUCCCCCCACAGGGUGAUGAGUCUGCAGGGUCCAUGUGCACGCUCAGACCCUCCCCACUUCUCAGCCAUGCUCUAAACACCUAGGACCCCAGGAUUUUCUGCCCAGCUGUCUCUAGGUCUGCUACCAAGGCCUGUCCUUCCCAAGGUGGACUGUGUCACCUGUGUGGGAGGUGUGGACAGAGCUUGGACCCGUGUGUUGGGGGCCUAUGUGUGUGCAUGCCAGACCCCCUAUGUUGUAGGGUGGUGCUGGGGGCAAGAAGAGAAGAGCGUGUGCUAUGGGACAGGGAGUGGGGCCUCACUCUCCCCGGGCCACCACAUUCAAGGAGGCCAUGAAUUCGAAACUGAAACCUGUUGCAGGCCAUUAUGAAGGUAAAUUUGUCAAGGCAGGAGGAUGUUCUAAUAGCUUGCUAGCUAGAUUUAUAACUUUUCAAUAUUUAGACAUAUGGUAUCUGAGCUUCCCUUCGUGAUCUUGCCCAGGCCCUGUGAACACUGGGGAUGGGCCAGGGCUCAGGGGUGACGGAGCCUGAAGUCAGAUAGUGUGGGACGGGCCCACUGUUUGGAGGAAAAGGCUGUAGAAAUGAUGUUGGAAGAGGACAUGUUUUUGCCUUUUCGUGUCUGGGCAGGAGCAGAGUGGGCUCGGAGGCCCGUCACGGAGGAGGGGUGGGGAGGGGAGAUGGUACGACUUGGCCCAGGUGUUGGGUGGGGCCCGGGCAUUGGUGGGGCUGGCACUCAUGUCUCCUGGGGGAGGAGGGAAGUGGCCCUGGCUCUGGACACAGGGUGGGGAGAAAGGUGGUCAGAAAGUUAAUUUCCAUCUGGGGUGUGUCUUCCUUUUGCCUUUUCCAGCUAAAUAAAAAAGAUAAAUUUUCUUCUCUCUUCUGCUGCUCAGCAGAAUCCCACAGCCCAGCUGCUCUGUCUAGUUUCUCACACUGAAGGUCAACCCACAAGUCUUGUCCUGUGUGCCACCUGGGGCACCCGCCCUGUGGCAUCUGCAGGGGAGAAGACUAAAGGAGACAUGGCCUUGUCUCUGGAGAGCUCCCUGGAUGUGGCCAUCCCUUAGCUAUUUAUAAAGUCCUUUCACCUUCUGCAGGUUAGGAUUAAAUGCUGGAGUGUAACCCUAGUAGACACUGGGGCCUCAUGUGGCUCAGUCUCUGCAGCGGACACCAUUCCAAAAAGCACAGUCCAACCGGCAAAUAGCAGUCGUAGAGGAAUGCUGCGCUUCCCUCUGCUCUCUUGAAGAAGGUCUGGAUCGUAUUUGGGGUUCCUGGCAAUCCUUCGCAUAGGCCCUUCCUUACCUGCUCAUUUGUCUCCUACCCAGGAGCUGCUGCCGUGCCCUGCCCUUCCUCUUCUCUGCUGUUGCUGCUGUCAGCGCCAGUUGCCGCUGAGAAGCGGGGCGGGUCUCGGCACGCAUGUAGGCCCACUUUUGGCCCGUGGGGCCCCAUUUCUCAGCACCUUCUGGUCUAAGAAGCUUCCCGACUUUGGGACCUGAGGGCGGAUGUCUCCCCACCAAGGCCUUUUUGACUGUUGCCAAUCAACUCCCCUUAGUCCCUGAGCUGCCCCUGGGCCGGGCCUGAUGGAGGCUGCUAAGGGCGGGGACAUGGGGGGGCAGAGGUGAGCGGUCCAUGUGCUUGCCCGGAGGACUUCACUUAGGUAUAAAGCCCCUGCCGUGUGCCAGCACUGUGCGUGCACGCAGUGCUAGCCAUUGAAAGGUCGCAAAUGCGCCAUGGGCUAGGCCCCAAGCUGUUUGAUCUCUGCCAGUGAGGUAACGGUAGUUAUCCUACUCCCCAGUGUACGGACCAGGACUGAGGGUGAACAAAUGCCGAUUAACACAGGCAGGGCCAGACUGCCUGGACCCCUUGACUCCCACAGCUCACGCCCCCCACCCCAGGUUUGGCCGCCCCUAGACCCACAAAUCCAUGCUGAGACGUCCCAGGCCCGGCUAUGAACCAAGGGCUGGACUGACUGUCAGGGUGACCCUAAGAAGGGAAGGAGGAUGGCGGCCAGGCACUGAACUUGGAAUGCUCAUCUGAACUCUAGAGCCUCAACUGCCACCUCUGUGAAAUGGAGCGAGCUAUGCCUGCCUCCCAAAGCUGUAGCGAGGCGUUGCAGGCCUGAGAGCCGAGAAGCGCUCUCACCAGCGGCCUGGCCGGGGAGGCAGCUCGGGAAUGCUGGCUGGAAGGAGGAGUGUGUGACAGAGUGCAGACGCAGCAGUGGAAGUAUAUGCUUCACCCAAAAGAAACAGACCCCACAGAGGACAGUGGGAGCAGCUAUGAGCCGAGAGGGGGAGAGGCACAGAGAACCUCCAAGUGGGAUAAAAGGACAGGGCCAAUGGCAGUGGCCCAGUGAGGUGGGAGCCAGCUGCCGCCUGGCCAGUGGGGCCAGGUGAAGGCUCUGGAAGGACCAGCCCAGGCAGGGCAGAGCUGAGCCCCUUGUGCCGAGGUUCGGUGACCAGGGCCUCGCACCAUCCCAUCCUCUUGGAGAUCCUUCUCCACCUGCAUUUGAUUAGGUCACGGGGUCCGGCAAAUCGUAUCUUCAACGCUUCUGAAGUCGAUCCCCUGCAGGGCCUUAACCAGGUCCCCUCCCUCUCUCUCGGGUUCCUGCAACAGCUGACGCAAAGGAAAAGGGCACAACAGUGUCCAUUCCUUUACCUAGUACGCUCCCCCAAGUCUCGCUUCACAUGCCAUCCAUGUGCUGAUGCCUCUCAGGUCCGCGUCCACCCCAGAUAAUCCAGCGGCCCCCAAGUCUCCUGCUCCCUACCUAAGUGGCAGCCCCCAGCCCCUCAAGCCAACACCACGGGUCGUCCUUGCUGAGCCAUUCUCCGCCUUCCGCCUGCGAUGCUGCAGCACAUCCUAGUGACUUUACCUCUCUGUGUCCCCCUGGGGUCCAAGCCAUGUCACCCUUCACCUGGGUGACGGCGGCAGCCUCCUAAUUGGCCUCUCUGCCUCGGUUCUGGACCCUGGUCACUCUCCCCGCAGCAGCCGGAGGGCCCGUGGUGGGCACGCGCGUGGCGGCGCCCUCACCUGUUAAGCAGUCUUCCAGCCUCUUCCAGCCCGGCUGGGAGGCCCCGCACCCACUCUUGCCUCUGCACCUUGGCACCCGCUGUUCGCUCUGCUGGAGGUCCCCAUGGGAGGUCAAUUUCUCCCCUUCCCCUUCCUUAACAGAGUCCCCAUUUUGUUCGAGACGCCCCCUCCCCCCAUCACCUGCCCUGUGGGAGUGGACAGAGGAUCUGGGUUGGGCUAAGCCGGGCGUGGGGUCCCACCCCCUUGCCAGUGAUUGGUUUAGAAAUGACCCAGUUCCAGUCAAAGACAGGAAACUGUUGGCGGCUUCCUGCAGAAGGGAUGGCUUCCUCUGGAUGUCCUCACAUCUGAUUGGGAUGGGGAUGUCUGGAAUCUCUGGAGUCUGGAGAGUAGUAGGGCCGGGUCUGUGAGUAAGGCUGACGCACCGGGAUGGCCAAGUGAGAAGAGGGCAGAGGUUGCACUUGAAGAAACGGACGCGCUGAGGAUCGCCCUGGGCCUGGACCCGCAGGCCUCUGCCUUCUCCCUGCGGUGAUGUCUC